UAUCGGGCGCAUACGGCGGCGGUGUGGGUCGCUGUUAAAGUUCGGUCUCGGUUAGUUUUUGCGAGCCAUGGAGAGUGACUUUUAUCUGCGUUACUACGUGGGUCACAAGGGCAAGUUCGGCCACGAGUUCUUGGAGUUUGAGUUCCGACCCGACGGGAAAUUGAGAUAUGCCAACAACAGCAAUUACAAAAAUGAUGUCAUGAUCAGAAAAGAGGCUUAUGUACAUAAAAGUGUGAUGGAGGAACUGAAGAGAAUAAUUGAUGACAGUGAAAUUACCAAAGAGGAUGAUGCUUUGUGGCCUCCUCCUGACAGAGUGGGCCGGCAGGAGCUUGAAAUUGUCAUUGGAGAUGAACACAUUUCUUUCACAACAUCAAAAAUUGGUUCCCUUAUUGAUGUCAAUCAAUCCAAGGAUCCAGAAGGCCUACGAGUAUUUUAUUAUCUUGUCCAGGACCUGAAGUGUUUGGUCUUCAGUCUUAUUGGAUUACACUUCAAGAUUAAGCCAAUCUAGAUUGAAUAUUGGUGUGGACACAAGGGGGUGGGAAUAGCUGUUUUUAAUUACCAUUAUCAGGAAAUUUUUGUGUAUAGGGCAAUAUUUUUUUUAUAAACUAUAAAUGAUUGUCUUUAAUAAAUAUAUGACAAAAUGCAA